AUGUCGUUGUGGGAUUCUGUGCUCUCCUUCUUUCAGAUGGUUUCCCGUAGAAAAAUAAUAACCGCAAGCGACAGCAGAGAAUCGAACUUGCAUCGCUGCCUUUCCACCUUGGACUUAGUGGCUCUGGGUGUGGGCAGUACAUUGGGUGCAGGGGUGUAUGUCUUAGCAGGGGAAGUAGCCAAGACCAGUUCAGGCCCUAGUAUCAUCAUUUCAUUUCUGAUCGCUGCUCUGGUGUCCAUCUUGGCAGGAUUGUGUUAUGCUGAAUUUGGAGCCCGGGUUCCCCUGACUGGAUCAGCAUAUCUUUACAGUUACAUAACUGUCGGAGAAUUGUGGGCAUUCAUCACUGGGUGGAACCUGCUACUCGCCUAUGUAAUUGGUACCUCCAGUGUGGCCAGAGCCUGGAGUGCAACUUUUGAUGAACUGCUGGGCAAAAAAAUGGUGACCUUUUUCAGCACACAUUUGGCCAUAAGCUGUCCAGGACUGGCUGAGUACCCCGAUAUCUUUGCCGUUAGCCUGAUCAUUGUACUGGCGGGGCUUCUCUCCAUCGGGGUAAAGGAAUCCUCCACAGUCAAUAAAAUCAUCACAGCUAUCAAUGUGCUUGUCCUACUGUUCAUAGCAAUCAGUGGAUUCAUCAAAGGGGACUUCAAGAAUUGGAGGAUGAGUGAGAAUGAUUUGUUAACUGUUGCUGCUCAUAGAUUUGGCAAUCGAUCUGUGACUGGCAAUGGGACCUGGGAGUUUGGGGCUGGAGGAUUCAUGCCCUAUGGCUACACUGGGACCUUGGCUGGAGCUGCUACCUGCUUCUAUGCUUUCGUUGGGUUUGAUUGCAUUGCAACCACAGGGGAAGAGGUGAAGGAUCCUCACAAAUCCAUCCCUUUAGGAAUCGUUCUCUCCCUGCUCAUCUGCUUCCUAGCCUACUUCAGUGUAUCGGCUGCCUUGACCCUGAUGAUGCCUUAUCACCUUUUGGACACCAUGAGUCCUCUGCCAGUGGCUUUUGACUACAUUGGAUGGAGCAUGGCAAAGUAUGCUGUAGCAGUCGGGUCCCUCUGUGCUCUGACUGCCAGCUUGCUGGGUGCCAUGUUCCCAAUGCCACGGAUUCUAUUUGCCAUGGCCAGGGAUGGACUCCUCUUCCAACCUUUGGCCAAAGUGAACAGACGACAGAGCCCAGUGAUUGCAACUCUGGUGGCUGGGGCUGUUGCAGCUUUGAUGGCUUUCCUGUUUGAUCUCAAGGCCUUGGUUGACAUCAUGUCCAUCGGGACCCUGCUGGCCUACACUCUAGUAGCGAUCUGUGUUCUUCUGCUCAGGUACCAGCCUGAUCCCAGUUCUCUGGACCCAUCGGAAAAGAUGAGUCCAAGGAGGACACUCUGGGUGGACCUCGUAAUGCACCCUCAUAUGAGUUCAUCCCAGCACUCCUCCAGCCUGGUGUCUCACACUGUAUCUGUCCUUGCUGCAUAUGGCCCGGCCCUGGCGCACAUGGAAGUUGAUUCCUAUUCCUCAGAAAGCUUUAUCUCAAGUACCGCAUAUUGCCAUAUCGUGCAAUAA